AUUCAACGAAUAUUGGGGUACCCCCAGUCCCUAAUCAUUUGAGAAUGGAGGGGGGCGUGUCAUCUCCCCCCCCCCCUGAUUAAUUCUAGACAUGAAAAGGUAAAAUUAAUACUGAGCGUUGGCGGCAGUUCCUCUCCCCACCCCAUGGGGCCUAUUGGUAAUCUCAGCACGCGCAGACAAUGCGCUGGCUCUUCGUUACAUUAUUUUUUCCCUAGAGCGAAAGAAGAAACCAAAAAAAGGGAAGGGGGAAAAGAAAAGAGGCAUGUUACACUAAUACUAGGGAUUGUGUUGGAUUUGAGAUUCCUAGGACUUGCUCGGUGUUGUUGUUUUGUGUUGAAUUCUUUUGCCUGUGAUUGGCACGACUGGGGAGGUUCUCCGUUUUAUCUUUGGCUGUUUGUCUUUCCUUUCCUUUGUUUUGUUUUCACUUUUUUGUUUCUCUUGGGUUUAGGGUGGCUACUAUUUUGUCUCCUGUAGAUGAUGAUCCCGCUCCGUUGGGACUUGAUUAUUGUAAUACGUUUUUAUUGUUGUUGUUGUUGUUGUUGUUGCUGAUAUUUCCGCGGACUUGUCCAUGCUACAGGCAAGAGUGAGUGGUGGGUUAUUUGUUAGUUAGCAGCCUGACUGGGGUUACACUGCUGGUACUAACAGACUGUUGGUGACCC